GCUCUUGCCAGAGCAAUUUCUAUUUGUCAUAUACCAAACCCGAAAGAAGGAAAUAGACACACUGUCCCUUCCUUUUAUUGAUCUUUAAAUACAGAAUACUCAAAAGCUGCGCAAACCAUGCAGGAUGAUUUACUGAUGGACAAAAGCAAAGCCCAGCCCCAGCAGCAGCGGCAGCAGCAGCAAGAUCCAAACGCAGCAGAAGCCCCUUCUACGCCCAUCACGUCAGAGACACCCAAACAGGAGGAUAGCAGCCCAGUGACUAGCAUCGGCUCAGCAGCUCCUGCCCAAAAUAGCAAGGAAAAGAUGCAGAUGGAGUCCCCCAUCUUGCCAGGCUUAAGUUUUCACCAGCCUCAGCAGGAACCUACAGCCGGCACCUCCUUGUCUCCCUCCUUCGGAAGCACCUGGUCUACUGGGACCACAAAUGCCGUGGAUGAUAGCUUUUUCCAAGGGAUUACCCCUGUCAAUGGGACAAUGCUUUUCCAGAAUUUCCCUCACCAUGUAAAUCCGGUUUUUGGUGGCACUUUCUCCCCCCAGAUUGGCCUAGCUCAGACUCAGCACCACCAACAGCAGCAGCAGCAGCAACAAGCCCAGCAGCAGCAAAGGAGAUCGCCAGUCAGCCCCAAUCAGGCAUCUUUUGCCCAGAGAAAUGCUGCUUAUAGCCAUCAGCCCAUCAUGACCAGCAAACCUUCCUCCUCCUCAGCUUCCACCUCUUCUCCUUCCAGCUGGAAUAACCACCAAAAUGCCGCCUGGAGUACACCUUCCAAUCCUUGGGGCGGGCUGCAAGCUGGCAGGGACCCUCGAAGGGCAGUAGGUGUGGGUGUUGGUGUAGGAGUGGGAGUUGGAGUGCCAUCCCCACUCAAUCCCAUUUCACCUCUUAAGAAGCCCUUCUCUAGCAAUGUCAUUGCCCCACCAAAGUUUCCACGGGCUGCUCCCCUAACCCCAAAAUCCUGGAUGGAAGACAACGCCUUCAGGACUGACAAUGGUAACAAUCUGUUGCCUUUUCAGGACCGGAAUCGGCCCUAUGAUACUUUUAACUUGCACUCUUUGGAAAAUUCAUUAAUGGAUAUGAUAAGGACUGAUCAUGAGCCUCUUAAAGGUAAACACUACCCUCCCAGUGGCCCACCAAUGAGUUUCGCUGAUAUAAUGUGGAGGAAUCAUUUUACAGGUCGUAUGGGUAUAAAUUUUCACCAUCCAGGAACAGAUAACAUUAUGGCUCUCAAUACCAGGAGCUAUGGGCGGAGACGAGGUCGUUCUUCACUCUUUCCUUUUGAAGAUGGCUUCUUAGAUGACAGUCAUGGUGACCAGUCUUUAUCAUCGGGUCUUAGCUCUCCAACCCGCUGUCAAAAUGGUGAAAGAGUGGAACGUUAUUCUAGGAAGGUGUUUGUUGGAGGUCUGCCUCCUGACAUUGAUGAAGAUGAAAUCACUGCCAGCUUUCGUAGGUUUGGACCUCUUGUAGUAGACUGGCCUCAUAAAGCUGAAAGCAAGUCAUAUUUUCCACCUAAAGGUUAUGCCUUUCUGCUAUUCCAGGAAGAAAGCUCUGUGCAAGCUCUAAUAGAUGCCUGUCUGGAAGAGGAUGGGAAACUUUAUCUAUGUGUAUCAAGUCCCACUAUCAAGGACAAACCAGUGCAAAUUCGACCUUGGAAUUUAAGUGACAGUGACUUUGUAAUGGAUGGCUCUCAACCUUUAGACCCCAGAAAAACUAUUUUUGUUGGAGGAGUCCCACGACCCCUCAGAGCUGUUGAACUAGCAAUGAUUAUGGAUCGUUUGUAUGGAGGAGUCUGCUAUGCUGGCAUUGAUACGGACCCAGAGCUGAAAUACCCAAAAGGUGCUGGUAGAGUGGCUUUCUCCAAUCAGCAGAGCUAUAUUGCUGCUAUAAGUGCUCGCUUUGUCCAGCUCCAACACAAUGACAUUGAUAAACGGGUAAGCAAAAUGUCAUAUGACUGAUUGACACGGCUGACAAAUUGUGCAGGCAUCUUAAGUGGGCUCAAAUCAUUUGCCCAUCUUAUGCACCACUUUCUCCUCCAACUAAAAAUUGCUAUCAAGAAUCUUGGGCUGUGGCCUUUUCAAGUCCUACUUGAGGAGAUCUUUUAACUGGAGAUACCAAGGAACGUUCUUCAUGUAAUGCAUGACCUCGACAGCAGUGCUACGAGCCCUCCCAUGAGUUUGUGAUUGAUCACUUGAAGUCUGUUUUAAUGGCCAAAAUUUAGUGUUUGCUAUAUUUUAAAAUGUAAAUUCUUUCCAAUCUCAAAUGGGUUUCAAUAACAGUGUGCAAAAUCAAUAUUGUCUUCAUAAGUGAAGACAUAGUACAAUUUCCUUAUUACUUUUUUCUCCUGGAAAUGUUCCAUUUCUGUAAUAUACUUUUGGAUAUAACAGUAGUUGGGCAAAAGUACUGUGGUUAAAUGUGGGAAGGUGGAAGAAUAGCAGAUAUUCAAAAGUAUGUGAGGUCAAAGCAACAAUACCCUUUCCUUUGAAAAUGAUUUCCUUCAUAGUCUUAAUUCAUCCCAGAGCAAAAACUGCUGCUGUUGGUAUUUUAACAAAAAUUGUUGUGAAAAUGGCACAUGUAUAUUUGUACAGGCUUAACCUUUUUUACAUAGAAAUGUAUUUUUUAUGAAAUAAAAUAGGGAAUGUGAAAAAAAUCCAAAGAUUUUAGCUUUUUAAAGCUCUAAUUGAAUAUCCAAAUGGCACUGCCACCCCACCCCACCCAGGAGAGAGCAAACUCUCUAGACUUUACUUAGAAAAAAAGAACCCACAUAGAUUUUAAUGAGAAAUAUGUAAGCAUGUUCCAUUGAAACCAGUGAGAUAUAAGGAUGCUUAACUUUGGCUGACUCAUAUCCUUACAGAUUUAUAAUUUUUAAGUGUGAUGAAUCUGAUAGGGCUUAAUCUAUAAAGCCAUUAAUUCUUGCAUGACUGGAACCAUCAGUGUUAAUCCUGAGUCAUGCUGUCGCUUUGGCUCAAAUGCUGAGCUCAGAAUAUAAUUACCUUGACACUGAAUCAUUAUAGACUUAUUUUGGCAAUAGCAUCUAAUGUUAUGAAAAGAAAAAUGGGACAGGACAAGAAAGACAAGGCUUUUUCUACUCUGAUCACUUUUUCCAGUGAUCAUGACAAGGUUAAUGUUUUAAUGUGGUUGUUUUAUUGGGCUUGAAGUUCUACGUUUAGAUCACUGUCUAGUACUUUAAACUUGAUCCUAAUAUAAAGUAGAUCCUAAACAUUUGCUAUUGUAAUAGGAGUGGGGUGCUAUUAAUACGUCAAAAGGAUUUAAAAGAACAGAUUUUGAAAACAUUAGACUUUUAUGCUGAUGUAUGAAGGCUCAUUCAUGGGUUACGUAACGAUGCAAAUGGAAGUUCCAGCAAAUGCUUUGAAGCAUAGCAGACUCCCUAGGUCGAUGGUGACUGACAUUGUCAAUGACUUCUAGUUCCUUCCUCCUCCUGCAGUCUUCCUCCCCAGACUUCUCUCUUUUUCGGUGCAGUUCUCCAAACGCUGCAGGAGAGCUGUGGCCAGGAAAUAACGAGGGUUAGUUUUUGUAAGGUUUCUGGAUAGACUUGCUCUAGCUAAAAUUGGAACUGAGAAUUUUGAUACUAUUAACCUGGAAGGUUAAUUUAAUAGUAAUGAAACAAGGACACAUUCUUGCUGCUCUUGCCUGAGGCUUGUCUUGCAAUAUGGGUGUCCAUGUGGAGGUGGCAAUUGUCCCCACUCUAGUCCUGAUUCCCAUCUUUAAGUUUACUUUGUCCCCACCCCAGAAAGACUCCUGUGGACACCCAUGAUGGUAAUGUACAAUUGUGGGAGCACUGACAGAUCACUUUCUAAACCCAUGCACUUCUGUGAUGUGACAAACUGUACCAGCCAGAAGCACCACAUUGUCUCUGAUACUGAAAAGCUAAGUAGAGUGUGUGUUGUUACUGACUAUUCUGGCAAGUUUAUACACUAUACAGGUUUGCCCUGCAUUCAGAUGAAUGAGAUGAAUUCACAGAACCUUCUUUAUAUUUUGGGUUAUUUUGUGUUUCCC